AUGGCGGACAAACUGACAAGAAUUGCUAUUGUCAAUAGCGACAAGUGCAAACCCAAGAAAUGCCGUCAAGAAUGCAAAAAGUCAUGCCCGGUAGUCCGAACCGGCAAACUCUGCAUUGAGGUCACUCCAGAGUCCAAAAUUGCCUACAUAUCCGAACGGCUCUGUAUCGGAUGCGGUAUCUGCCCAAAGAAAUGCCCCUUCGGUGCCAUCCACAUCAUCAACUUGCCGACGAACCUCGAGACCCAAGUCACCCACCGAUAUUCGGCAAACAGUUUCAAGUUGCACAGGUUGCCUAUGCCCCGACCUGGCCAGGUGUUGGGACUGGUUGGCACAAACGGCAUCGGCAAGAGCACGGCUUUGAAGAUCCUCAGCGGCAAGUUGAAGCCAAACUUGGGUCGCUAUGACAAUCCUCCGGACUGGGAGGAGAUUUUGAGAUACUUCCGUGGCUCUGAGUUGCAGAACUACUUCACCAAAGUUCUCGAAGAUGACCUCAAGGCCAUUGUCAAGCCACAAUACGUGGACCAGUUGCCACGCGCCAUCAAAGGUCCCGUCAAAACAGUCAAACCACUGAUCGAGGCAAAGUCUGAGCUGGGUAAUAUGAAGCAUAUCAUGGACGUUCUCGAACUCAAUGCUGUCCAGGACCGAGAGAUCAGCCUCCUCUCCGGUGGAGAAUUGCAGCGGUUUGCUAUUGCCCUCGUUUGCGUCCAAAAGGCGGAUGUCUACAUGUUUGACGAACCCUCGUCAUACCUCGAUGUCAAACAACGUCUCAGCGCAGCCAGGACGAUUCGUGAACUCCUUCGCCCGAAUGACUAUGUCAUUGUUGUCGAGCACGAUUUGUCAGUGCUUGACUAUCUUUCUGACUUCAUCUGUGUUCUUUACGGCAGACCUGCUGUCUACGGUGUUGUUACCCUUCCCGCCUCUGUCCGAGAAGGUAUCAACAUCUUCCUAGAUGGCAAUAUCCCCACCGAGAACUUGCGCUUCCGCGAAGAAAGCUUGACUUUCCGCAUAGCGGAGGCCGGCGAAGACUACAUGGUUGACAAGGCACGUGGUUUCGAGUACCCUGCCAUGGAGAAGACCCUCGGCGGCUUCCACCUGAAGAUCCAGAAAGGAACGUUCACCGACUCGGAGAUCAUUGUCAUGAUGGGUGAGAAUGGAACCGGGAAAACCACAUUCUGUAAAAUGCUCGCUGGUGUCGAGAAGCCCGACGGAACCCAAAAGGUCCCGGCCAUGAACAUCUCGAUGAAACCGCAAAAGAUCACCCCCAAGUUCCAAGGCACGGUCCGACAGCUCUUCUUCAAGCGCAUCAAGGCCUCUUUUCUAAACCCGCAGUUCCAAACCGACGUUUACAAACCUCUCAAGAUUGACGACUUCAUCGACCAGGAAGUUCAGAAUCUCUCUGGUGGUGAAUUGCAACGUGUGGCCAUCGUCCUGGCCCUUGGUCUCCCUGCAGACAUCUACUUGAUCGACGAGCCUUCUGCGUAUCUGGAUUCCGAACAGCGUAUCAUCGCCGCCCGCGUCAUCAAGCGCUUCAUCAUGCACAGCAAAAAGACCGCUUUCAUCGUCGAGCACGAUUUUAUCAUGGCAACCUACCUCGCCGACAGAGUCAUUGUCUUUGAUGGCACUCCUUCCGUCAAUGCACGGGCGAAUGCCCCGGAAUCGCUUUUGACCGGUUGCAACAAGUUCCUCAAGAAUCUGGACGUUACCUUCCGACGGGAUCCCAACUCCUACCGUCCCCGAAUCAACAAGUUCCAAUCUCAACUUGAUCAAGAACAGAAACUUGCCGGGAACUACUUCUUCUUGGAAGAUGAGAGUUAA